UGUUUCCAGUGUGUAGAUUUUGUCCUUAAAUUUGAAAUUCACUCUGAAUUCUCACUUUAGUGAAUAAUGUUCGGUAUAUUAUGUGUGGGGGUAGGCAGCCUUUUCCCAGUCUUUGAGUAUUUUGAUCGCCUGUGAUGUGUUGGUGUAAUGAAACAAGGAGUUUCCGUUAGCUCCACUAAGCCCUGCGUACGCUUCCAGCCAAUGAGCGCCUUCGCGUACUGCCAAGCUUACAGCAGCGCAGGAGCAUUUGGCAGCUAAGAAGGUAGAUGCCACCCAGCUGACUCCAGACUUGUGCUAUUUUCCCUCAUUAAAAAUGACAGAAGCAAUGCCUGACUUGCAGCCAGAAAAAGAACCACAGGUCAGCAUCCACUCUAGAGCGCACAGAGAUACUGUGUUCACCAGCCUGGAGGAACAGAGGAAAAAUAACUUUCUCUGUGAUAUCACUCUAAUAGUGGACAAUGUGCACUUCCGGGCACACAAGGCUCUCCUUGCAGCCAGCAGUGAGUAUUUUUCCAUGAUGUUUGCUGAUGAAGGAAAUGUCAGCCAGUCUAUCUAUGUGAUGGAAGGAAUGGUUGCCGAGAUCUUUGGAGCAUUACUGCAGUUUGUCUACACUGGAAAUGUCCAGGUUAGCGAAAAGAAUUUGCCACAAAUCGUGUCGACUGCACAGGUACUGAAAGUAGAUGAUUUAGUAAAGGCUUAUACAGACUAUAAAGAGGUCCACAAGCCUACAAAACCGCAUUCGGAAGCAUCACUCCCAUCUGUCUCAGGUGCAAGCGUAUGCGGAUUACCGAAACGCAAGCGAGGAAGACCAAAGAAAUACAUAAAUGUUCAGGAGUUGGGAAGUCUGGUUGUUAAUCCUGCCCUGAAGGUUUUAAAGGGCAAGGUGCAGAAAGAUCAAACCUCAGAAGAAAAAGAGCCGAUCGAAAAUAUUCCCAAUGGAGACUCAUUAAAUAAGCCAGAGUCCGAUCUGACUUGUGCUGCAAAAGAAACUGGCUCGACGGGGUCCACAAACCCAGAGUCUGUGAAAAGGCACAGUAUGCGCACGCUUCAGAGGUCUGUCAAGUUGCGUGAUUACAAACUUGCAGAAGAUACAGAAAAAGGUGAAUUAACAAAGCAAGAAGGAGGGAAAAGAAAACCACUAAGCUCAGGGGCUCCCUGCAAGGACUGCGGGAAAGUAUUUAAAUAUAAUCACUUCUUAGCAGUCCACAGGAGGACUCAUACAGGGGAACGUCCCUUUAAAUGUAUGGACUGUGGUAAGUGUUUUACACAGAAGCAUUCACUCCAAGUCCAUGAGAGAAUACACACAGGAGAGCGACCCUACACCUGUACUGUCUGCAGUAAAGCCCUGACCACCAAGAAUUCACUCAUGGAGCACAUGAACCUGCAUGAAGGAAAGAAGGCAUUUACAUGCGACCAGUGUGGAAAGUAUUUUAGCCAAAAGAGACAGCUCAAAAGUCAUUAUCGUCUUCAUACUGGUCGCAUAUUACCAGAAUGCAGUAUCUGUCAGCACAAGUUUAUGGAUGGUGCCCAGUUAAAGAAACAUCUGCGAUCUCAUACAGGUGAAAAGCCCUUUACAUGUGAGAUUUGUGGGAAAUCAUUUACAGCCAAAAGCUCUCUACAAACACACAUCAGAAUACACAGGGGAGAAAAGCCAUACUCUUGCAGUAUUUGUGGAAAAGCAUUUUCAGAUUCCAGUGCAAAGAGAAGACACAGCGUUUUACAUACCGGUAAAAAACCUUUCUCCUGCCCAGACUGCAAUGUGCAAUUCACACGUAUGGAUAAUCUAAAGACUCACAUGAAAACCCACAGCAAAGAAAAAUGUCCACAAGUUCAGGAGACAAAUAAUGGAGGCAGUGAUGAUGUUAGAAACAUUCUCCAGCUGCAGCAGUAUCAGCUAGCAACACCAGCACAGGAGAUCCAGCUAGUGGUCACUGACGGUGUACACAAUCUCGACUUCAUGCCGGCACACAGCCAGGGUAUCAGUAUUGUCACCACUAACCCAGCUCAGACCAUUACAGAGCAGACUGCUAACCUUGCCCUAAUCACCCAUCAGACUUCAGGAUUGCAUAGCUUAUCAGUCACCGCCCACCAAGAGCAAGUGGAAUCAAUCCACAGCGUGGACUUGAUGGAGAGUCGUGUUCAGAGCGUGCAACCAGAGCAGAUGCAUGUUAUCACCCUGUCCAAAGAAGCACUUGACCAACUACAGGGCCGGACACAGGAAAUCCACUUGCCCCAAGCGGACAGACAAACCGCACUGAGCCAGGAGCAGACACCUGUAUCUCAAGACAUGGUGAACCAAAAUGUCAGUGUUGCUGAUCAUACCCAGACUACUCUGUCAUUAACUCCAGUUACCCAACCUGUGUCUGAGCAUCAAAUACAAACACAGACCUUUCAGAUACAAACCAGCACAGUGUCUUUCAUAAACACUGCUUUGGAGUCCACAAAUCAGACUUAAACUUUAGUUGUUAUGUCUUUCUAAGAAAUGGUGUACAGUAAAGAAAUUGCUAUUUGCAUUGAAUACUUGCUGAACAUCACAAUAAUAAUAUGAAUGAGGAAAGACUGGGACUGAGCAAUCUUUGUAUGUGCCAUUGGUUUUGCCAGUGUAACACAAUGCCUUGCUUUCUGAGGCAUAAUGAGUUAAAGUGAGACCAUGCAUGGUUUUGUUUGCAUUUUAUAUAUUGUAUGCUUUGUUUUUGUUUUGUUUUUUUAAAUCUUGAUUUUCAGUUAAUUUGCAAACAAAUGGUGAGACCAAUUCAGAAUAAAUGUUCUAACAACGUGCAUGAUUUGUAUUGCAAUAUACAAAAUAAUGAAUGUAUGCAGAAAAAUAUGAUCCAUGUAUGUAUUUUAUUUA